AUGCAUCUCUCUCCUCCGAAUAUCUCCUUCGUCCUACCCUCCAAUUCCGACUCUCUAUCUGAUUCGGAUCCAAACUGCUUUGACGGCGCCCAAGAGGACCAGAUGAUUUUCGUCACGGACUUGUUCGCAUCUCGCGAAGAAAAAGAAUUUGCUGUGGACGACGUUCAUGAUUUGACCCGCGACGUCAAUUAUAGGGUUUUGGACGUUUGGAGUUACGGGGAGGAGCUAGGUUUAGGGUUAGGGUUUGGGUCCCGUGUCGAGUCUGAAUUGGGUGAACCAUCAUCGUCCAUUCGUGCCGCUACGGACGGUCUUCGAGUAGUUGGAAACCAAUCGAAUUCAGAUUCGGAUUCUGAGGAGGUCGUUCAGGAUGUCAAUUCUGAAGAUCCUAUUUGGGAUUCGGAUAUUCCCCUUUUCUCUGAUUGUCUUGUGUUUGAUGAACAAAGGUCUGGCAAUGAAGAAUUGGAGUGGGAAGAAGUGGACCAAAGGGUUUAUGAAGGGGAGGGUUUGAGCUCUAUUAUUGAUCGAAUCGAAGAACUAUCAGUGUCUUCCGUAGUUUCAAGCAACGAAGAAACGUAUGAAAGUGGGGAAGAGUCUGUUUGGAAUUUCGAAUGGGAAGUUCUUUUGGCUGUGAAUAAUUGGGAGAGAGCCCCUCAAUUCGAACACGAAGGUGAUAGCGAUGGUGUUUCGUAUCUAGCUUUUCAGGAUGAUUAUACAUAUGCAGCUGAAUACGAUACGCUAUUCGGGCAUUUUGUGCAGAAUGAGAGUGCUUUGAAGGGUAGUCCUCCAGCUUCCAAAUAUAUUGUGGAAAAUCUUCUUACUUUGGUGAUGACAAAGGAAAUGUUGCAAGAAAACAUGGUUUGCGCGGUUUGUAAGGACGACAUUUUGGUGGAGGAGAAAGUGACAAGGCUUCCUUGCUGCCACCAUUACCACGGGGACUGCAUUGCCCCGUGGUUGAGUAUUCGUAAUACAUGCCCUGUUUGUCGGUAUGAAUUGCCUACUGAUGAUCUGGACUAUGAACAGAGAAAGACCCAAACGGGUGGCCUUGGAUUGUCACAAGAUUUUUAGGUCAGAUACAAUUUUGAACUAUUACCGUGAUUCUAUAUUUGUUCUAUGUACAUAAUUUUUCAAGGGGAUUUCAUCUCUUUUCAGUGACGAUGAAAUUUUUGUGGGUUGUAUAUUGUAUCGGCAAUAUUAUAGAUAUAUUAGGCCUAUAAAUUGAGGUUGUAUAGGUGCAUAUGCUCCAAAAACUGAAUAUAUCAUUGAAUGAGAUUGAUUUUUUUAUUAUUA